AUGUCGGCGACAAACAAGCAGGGCAAGAUGAUCAACUACCGGAUGCGCGUCACCUUGAACGAUGGGCGCCAGAUGACCGGCCAGAUGCUGGCUUUCGACAAGCACAUGAAUCUGGUCCUCGCCGAUACCGAAGAAUUUCGCCGAAGCAAGCGCAAGCAGAACAAGCCAGCGGCCCCUGGCGCCUCGUCAUCCGCCACGGUCGUUGAGCAGGAGGAAAAGCGAACUCUGGGCUUGACGAUUGUCCGGGGCGCCCACAUCGUCUCCCUUUCCGUCGAGUCGCCGCCCCCCGCAGAUCCCAGUGCUCGUUUGGGCAAGUCGACAGGCGCCGGUAUCACAACGGCACUUACUGCUGGCCCGGGUGUCGCACGGCCAGCGGGACGGGGUGCGGCUGCCCCGAUCUCUCUGGCCGGUCCCGCGGCCGGUGUUGGAGGCACUGCCCCUCCCCCUUUCCCUGGUUUCCCUGGUGCCCCUGGCUUCCCUGGGCGUGGUGGUCUGAGUGUCCGUGCGGGAAUCUGGACCCAAAUUAUUUUCCAAACCCCGGAGCGCAUGUCCGAUCUCGAAGAUAAACUCCCACCCUUGAAUCCACCGAACUGCGACGAGGGCAACGCCAGCACAGCAUUUACCGUCAAAAUGGCCGCCUUUGUCAAAGCCGUCAAUGCGAAGAUUCGGGCGCACCCCGUCCUGAACUAUGUCUGCUCGACACAUUUCUGGGGUCCCGUAUCCAACUUUGGUAUUCCCGUUGCUGCAGUCAUGGACACCCGGAAGAGCCCCGAUCUAAUUUCCGCCCCCAUGACCUUCGCCCUCUGCGUCUACUCGGCGACCUUCAUGCGCUACGCGCUCGCCGUCACGCCCGCGAACUACCUGCUUUUCGCCUGCCACUUCGUCAACGAGGGCGCCCAGCUCACCCAGGGGUACCGUUACCUGCAAUGGACGCAGUGGGGUGGCCGAGAGAAGGCGGCGCUUACCGGCGCCGUCGACGCGGGGAAGGAGAAGGUGGCUGCUGUCGAGGGGAAGGUGCAGGAGUUGGUUGCGAAGAAAUAAAUGCGGACGGAUCUCAAAAGUAAAGGGGGGCUGGUCUGGUUUCUACGGGAUGGGACACAGGCGGCGGGCUGGCCUGGAAAACGGUCUUAUCUCUCCCUUCCCCCCGCUGUUUUCAAGCGUGGGAUGAAAGAGUUCGACGUCGGUUGGGGGUCUAGAACGGCAAGUUCGAGUUGUCUCGUGUGUUACAGACGGCUGUACGAUCUAAGCGCGGCGCGGGGGUUGGGAAUGCUUGCCCCGAGCGGCGAGGGUGACCUUUUCGCUCCUCGGGUCUGGUCUGUUUACCUUUGCUGUCGGGCGACGCGGUUGGCCGGGACAUAGAGGUAUGGUCUCACAGGGGUUCUCCCAGCAUUGACUUUUUCCAUUCUCGGGUUAAUAAAAGAAGAGAUGGUUUUUGAAAGCGAAGGUGUAACGAUGG